UUGUGAUCCGUUACAUUGAAAAAACAACCUACACACUGUCACACGUCAUGCAGGGCAGUAAAAGGUUCGGAAGGAGCUAAUAGAAAUUUAAUAUUAUAAUGUAAACAUUUACUAUUUUAAUGGUUUUAAUGGUAGCUUGUCGGAGAUUUCGAGCGUUAUGGGUAACUCGGGUUUGAAGCAACACAUCGAGACCGCUCAAAAAACGGGAGUUCUAAAGCUCUCCCAAGGCAAACUAAACGAAUUUCCACAGGGCAUGAAACAGCUGGAGGGAUGUUUACGGACGCUGGAUAUAUCGGACAAUAAAUUUGUCGUGUUGCCUAAUGAAAUUAGUCGGUUCAUGCAGUUGCGACAUUUAAACUUAAGUAAAAACAAAUUGGCCAAAAUUCCCGAUUGUAUCGGGGCUUUGACGAAGCUAGAAACGUUCAAUGCUGGCAAUAACAAUUUAUCGUUCCUGCCGAGAACUUUUUCUAAUUUGAUUAAUUUGAAACAAGUAAUUUUGAAUAGUAAUCAUUUGAAGGAGUUUCCAUUGGUGUUUUGCGGGCUCAAGCACCUCGAUAUAUUAGAUCUGUCCCAGAAUGAACUGGUAGCAGUGCCUGCUGAGGUGUCUACCCUUAAUGUUACAGAACUAAAUUUAAAUCAAAACCAGAUAUCUGUCCUAUCAUCUGAAAUUUCAUUGUGUCCGCGUUUGAAGAUCUUGCGACUUGAGGAGAACUGUUUGCAAUUGGCCGCUAUUCACCCAAGGAUUCUCUCAGAGAGUAAAAUUGCAAACUUGGUUCUUGAUGGCAAUUUAUUUGAGAUUAAGCAACUGGCAAACAUUGAAGGUUAUGAUGCUUAUAUGGAUCGCUUUACUGCCAUUAAGAAAAAGAUGUUUUAAGGUUUGUUAUGAAAUAUUUUAUUUUGACUAGUCAAGAGAUCCGAUAUUUUUACUAUUAAACAAAUUUUUAUAUUCUGUACGAACUGGAACAUUAUUUGUUUGAAGCAAGGCUUAAGCAGCUAGAAAAGUGCACACUAAAAUCAACAUCGGAUUUUUAUGAUUAAUUCUGCAAUUUUGAGCACAAAUGCAAUAAAUUCAAAAGGUUGCUUGACCAUUUACAUGACAUAUUUGUUUUGGUUAAGGGAAGAUAGGCAAGACCAGCUAUUUCUUCUUGACACUCCCUUCUGUAUCUGUCAAGUGCUUUAUACUAUACUAUGUCAAUUCUCAUGGAUUUUUAUAUGAUAAUUAUUGUAUAAAUGCAAAAAUUAGGAAUAGUAUGUAUACUGUAGCCGUGUGAUCUUUCACCUUAAUAAAUGUUGUAACUUUUGUCUGUGAAGAAAUCAUUGUGGCAAACAUGUUAUACUUAAUACUCUCACAUUCCGAUUUCUAAAGAAAUUACUGCUGAAUGUAAAAAAAAUUAAACAAAAUAUGAUCAACAACUGAGCGUUUAAUGUGUGAAUCUAGACAAUCAAUGUGGUUUAUAAUUAAUAAAUACAGAAUUGUAGAGGAAAUGUUUUCGAUACUUUUUCGGGGUCCAAAAAUCAACCGGAAUAAAAUAUUAGUCGCCUAUAUUUGCUUUGACAUAUUUUUUGUAUAUACGUGAACUUUAUAACGGUAAAAUACAAUUUUUUAGAUAAUUUUACAGUAAGAUCUUUGAUUCUAUUUUGUAUUUGGAUUUCCCAAAUUGUCUGUUGUUUGUAUAUUUUCUUAGUCUAAUAAAAACUGAACCUUUGA